AAACAGUAGUGCUCGUGAAGUCGAGAGAGUGUAGCACGAGAGAAGCGCCAGCUGAAUCAAUCAAAUCGCUUUUAAAUACGAGAUGCACAACAUGGUGAGUCCAGCAGGAUUGUUGACCACUAAGAAUACAGAAGACAACGAAUCCGGGACAUUCACUGACUCAGAGUUUCGUUACACUCUCUUCCCGGCUUUCUAUGGCCUGGUCUUUGUCUUUGGGUUGGCAGCCAACUGCUAUGCACUUUAUGUACUGCACCAUAUGCGGGAUUCCAAAGCCAUGAAUGAGAUUCGUAUCUACAUGACAAACCUGACGGUUGCAGACCUGCUCUUCGUGUCUGCUCUUCCAUUCUGGAUCGGCUACUAUGCGCAUCGAGGUGACUGGAAGUAUUCUGAUGCCCUCUGCCGUAUCACAGGCACAUUUUUCUUUAUCAACACAUACUGCUCUAUCUUCUUCCUCACUGUCAUCAGCAUUAACCGUUAUUGGGCUGUUACUAGGCCAUUGGUGGCCGCUUCCUCUGACUGCUGGAAACGUGGGGCAGUCGUCUCAACAUUGGUCUGGGUUGUCACUCUUGCACCAGCAAUUAAAUACCUCACUGAACCUGGAGUCCAGGAGGACAAAGAGAAGAAAAUUUUACGCUGUUUUGAGGGUUAUCAUGGACAGAAUUAUAAUACUAAAAUUACAGUGGCCACAACCCACUUCAUUAUUAUUGCCAUGUUUUUUGUUGUUUUCUCAGUGGUUGUUAUCUGCAACAUCUCGAUUGCGCAAGCUCUUCUGUCCCAACCUAUCAGUCAGCCUCGAGCAAGUACGGGAAAGCGGCCUGGCGGUACCAAGCGCAGAGCCUUGAGGAUGCUGUGUGCUGUUGUGGGAGUGUUUGUGAUCUGUUUCCUGCCCCAUCAUGUGGUGCAGGGUCCCUGGGUACUUUCAGUGCUGGGUCUGGAAAAAAACUGGAGCAAGGGGACUAAACAACUCCUAAAUGAUGCUCACCAGAUCACCCUGAUGCUUAUGGGCUUCAACUGCAUUCUGGACCCAUUGGUGUAUUGCUUCGCCACCACAAAGUUCCGCAAGUACAUCAAGGAUCACUUUAAAAAUGUCAAGAAUAACAAAAGCUGCUCACGCAGUACAAUAAACACGGCUAUGUCUCUGAAGAGCAGACAUCAGAGCAUUAUGAACAGAGCAGACGAGCAGAAAGCUCAGGCGAGGAAUAUUUGAAAUCCGCUCCCUUGGUGUUUGAAAAUUUAAUCAAUUCUAAUCUUUCUAAUUCAGGAUUUCACUUGAAUUUGAUUUUACAACUCAAAAUUGUCUCAAUAGAUUCUGUUUGGAUCUUAAUCAAAUUAAUGACUGUUGAAAUUAGAUGGUCAUCUCACAAUUGCUGCCACUAGCAGGCAGAGGUAGGGCAACACCUUCAACCAAUAGACCAAUGCAAGCACGAUUAUUUGGCACAUACAUUAAAAAAAUUUAUAUGCUGAAAAAAGUAGUCUAUAUACUAUUGUCAGAGUUAUUGAUAACAGCAUGGAUUUCUUACAUUUCUACACUUGCACUGAAUAGAGGUGGAACUGACCCCAGCAUCUAUUUGGGUCAAACAAACCAACUGAACUGUGAUGAGAAAAACAAGCAAAGAGGAUACUGGUGGUUUAUCUGACAACAGUGAAAUGUGAUGAAAAUAGAAGACAGCUCCCAAUUGUUUUCAAAACAAUGCUAAACAACAUAGUUUUCUAUCUCUUGAUAAUAAAGUAAGUGUUUAUCCUGAUAAAGAGAGUGGGGAUGGACUUGGUUGUUGUGCCCCUGAGGAAGGUCUGGAUUAUUUCAAAUUUAAAAAUUCUAACAUCAUUUACUCACCCUCAUACCAUCCCAGAUGUGUAUGACUUUCUUUCUUCUGCAGAACACAACUUAAUAUUUAGAAGAUUAUCUCAGCUCUGUAGGUCCAUAUACUAGUGAAAAGUGAUCAGACAUUUGUAGCUCCAAAAAUUGCAUGAAGGAAAAAUAGAAGUAGUCCAUAAAACUCCAGUGUUUUAAUCCAUGUCUUCAGAAGCGAUAUAAUAGAUCAAUAGUCCUUUUUUUACUCAAAAUCUCCACUUUUACUUUCACUUUUACAUCUAAAAGUAACAUGUGCGGCCUGUUUAGUUUCAAUUUCACAUCGGAAAGUGAAUGUAAAUGUGGCGAUUUAGAGUAAAAAAAGGACUUAAAUAUUGUUGUUUCUCACCCACACCUCGAAAACCACUGGAGUCAUUUGGAUUACUUUUAUGUUGCUUUAUGUGAUUUUUAGAGCUACAAAGGUCUGAUCACCAUUCACUUGCAUUGUAUUGACUGACAAAUUCUUUUAAAAAUCUUAAUUUGUGUUCUGCAGAAGAAAGAAAGUCACACACAUCUGGGAUGGCAUAAGGGUGAGUAAAUGAAGAGAUAAUUGUAAUUUUUAGGUGAACCAUCCCUUUAAAACAGCAUAUAUAUCAAUAUAUUUGUGUCUCAAUUUACAAUAAGAACAAAUAUCUAUUGUACUUCCUUUCUUGUGAAGUAGCUUUGUAAGGAGGUUUACUCUAAGGGUGUGUUCACACUUGUAGUUCGGUUCUCUUGGUCCUCUUGGUCCGGACCAAAAAAGUAAAUUAUACAUAUAGUCCUGUUUCGCUUAGUGUUCACACUGGCAUUUUUAACACCAAACCUAAAAAUACAAAACCAAAGGCAUCAGGAAAAUGUCACAACCUGUUUGGACAGCUUUUAUGAUGUAUAUUUUUUUAUGGAACUUGCUGACCAUUCAAAACAAUGCUUACUGCUGGGCGAAAUGCUCUUGUUAUAUUCAUAUAUGUAUACAGGUAUAUGGUGGUAUUUAUACAGAGCAGUCCCGGUCCGCUUGUUUGGUGUGCACCAAAUGAACUGCACUAACAGAGCAAUCGCACCAGAGUUUGAUUUAAUCUAAACAAACCUGCCAAGUGUGAGAAUACCCAAUUUUUUUUUUUUUUAAAGGUUUUGUAAUUUUGUAAUGUCACACAGGAAAUCCUCAUUUUCUUUUGCAAUAAUUUUUCCAAAAAGGGGAACUUGAACCACACCCAGCUGUGUACGUAGAUCCUGGCCUAUAGACCCUGGAAGAUUUUAGACAACACAUUUAUUACAAUAAUACAAUUUACAGUAUAAUAUAGUGAAAUGAUUGUGUGAUAGAAUUUUUGUUUCUCAAUGGAAGUUUAGUCAUUGUCAUUCCAAAGUAAAAAUAUCGGUUUGUUAACUUGUACAAAUUCUACAUCUAAAAACUGUUGACUAUAAUUUUAUCUGUUGGCUUUUUAUUGUGUUCUGAUGUUAUUUAUUUAACAGAAUGAAAAAUACUCUUUUGUCCUUUUAAGGUGAGAUUUAUGUUUUGUAUGUAUGAUUUAACACUUUGCAAAACCACUUUCAUGAAAAUAUGUCAAAUCUAUUAUUGUUUUAAAAAUGUGAAUUAAUUCCAGUGAUGUGUGUUCUGGUGGUAUUUUGAGAUAUUUUCAGUGAUGCUCAAUGGCACUUUUUCCUCUAUCAAGUUCAUAUCAAGCAUGAAGUUUGUCUAGAAGGUGUUGUGUAUUGUACUCUUUUAAUGUUUGGUCAGAAAAUGAACAGAGGGUGAGAAACGCCGAUCUGAUGAAAUAUUCUUCGUCUUGCAUUUUAGAGAAGUGCAGAUGCUAUCCUAGACCUUUUUCAUACAGAAGCGGAAGUAAACGUUUGCAGGGUAUGAAUGGGGGGGGGGGGGAUCACAGAAAAUAUUAUUUUCACUUACCCAUUUGUGCCAAGAAGACCAAAAAAAUUUAAAAUAAUUACAUUUGAAUGACUUUCCUGAAGAAGGAGAAAAAAAUUGAGAGCAGUGGAUUAAAACAGUAAAAUGGGAAAAAAUGCCAAAUUUACUGUCACACUCUCAACAGAUGUGGUAAAUAUUUUUAAUUCCAGGGUAAUAUAACACAAAUCAUAAUGUUAUAAAUUUACACUCAAUAUUAAAAAAAUGUCUAAUAUAAAAAAAUGUGCAAGAUUUACGCUGAUAAGUAAGGCGGAAACGCGUCAUCACCGUUUGUGGAAAAAGGUCUAUUGCAGUAAACCCACUGUUUAUCUAUAAUUGUUGUUCAAAAGACAGGUGAUCAUUGAAUUUUGCACAUGAAACUAUGCUUUGUAUGUCAUGUAAGGCUAUAUCAGUACUGAUCAGGCAAAAUAAUAUUAAUUAAAAAAUAUUAUUCAGCUGCAGGCUGUUAUGUUUUGCUUGUCCUUCUUAUUCUCAAAAGAAAGACCGUUGUAUUACAUUGUCAUAUCAACAUUGUAUCAGCUCUUCCAAGUGGUGACUUAAAAGAAUUGUUUUGGUUUGAG